CGGUAGUCCCUGAUGAAGUCCGGCCGGAGCGGGAACGGGACGGCGACGAUUAUUCCGCAGGGGGUCCCCUUCAUGGUUCCGCUGCAGAGGUUCUACGUCAGUGAUGACUCCAUGUACCUCCAGUUGCAGCACAUGACAGGUGGCCGACUCUGGGACCACCUCAGGAAAUCCCGAGCGCCAGACACCGUCCCCCAUCCGGUGCCGGCGGUGCCCCCCUGCAGGGCCCAUCAGAGCGUCAGCCAGGCGCAGCAUGAACUAAGCGCGUCGCAGGACAGCGCCCCUCCAGCAGAGGGCGCCAACCCCGAGUCGCAGGUCCGAUUGUGGGCGGCUCAGCUGGUGCUGGCGCUGGAUAGUCUUCACCAGGAGGGGGUGCUGUGCCAGGAUCUGAAUCCUCGAAACCUUCUUGUGGGGGAAAAAGGUGACGUCUGUUUGACCUACUUUGGCCAGUGGCGGAAGGUGGACCAUGUCUGCUGUCCGGAGGCGGUGGAGAACCUGUAUGUGGCACCAGGUGAGACACGCAACCUUCCCCAGUCUCCUAUUCAUCUUCCCGGCAUUCCCUCCGAUCCCUACCCUG